CCAAGUGGCAGGCGCCUUUGAGAGUACAGAACGAGACUUGUCCCCCGUCUCCUCGACGGACGCACGACGACGACGAGGAGACCAGAAGACGAAACUGCGGAAGAGCAUGGCCUGGAUUCCCCGGUAGCUUGAAAAGCGGAGAUUUUGGAGGUUGCUCUUGAUUCUCGAGGCUCUUCCGAUUAGAGCCGUGGAGUCUUCGAUUCUCAGGCCGCUCGAUCAGCUUCUUCUCGACACGAGGCCCGUCGAACGAGGAUGUCAGCAUCAAUCGGGAACAAGAUUUUGGCCGCCGGAACCAAGAUCGUUGCAGUGGGAAGAAAUUAUGCUGCUCACGCGAUCGAGCUGGGGAAUGCUGUUCCUAAGGAGCCCAUGAUCUUUUUGAAGCCGACUUCGUCAUAUGUGUUCCAAGGAGGAGCUAUAGAAAUCCCCCCUCCCUUGACUUCUCUGCAUCAUGAAGUAGAACUCGGGGUCGUGAUCGGCAAGAAGGGUAGGGAUAUUUUCGAGGAUGAAGCCAUGGAUCACGUUUCAGGUUACGCAUUAGCGUUGGACAUGACUGCCAGGGAUAUUCAGACAGUUGCAAAGGCUAAGGGUCAUCCGUGGACGGUUGCGAAAGGAUACGAUACAUUUACACCAAUAAGUGGAUUCAUUUCGAAGGAUGAAGUGCCUUCCACUGACAAUUUGGAGCUAUGGUGUGAGGUAGAUGGGGUUAUGAAGCAAAAAGGUAGCACCAAAGACAUGAUUUUCAGCAUUCCGUUGCUCAUCAGCUAUAUAAGCAGAGUUAUGACCUUAAACGAAGGCGAUGUCAUUCUGACAGGUACUCCUUCCGGCGUCGGUCCCGUCACAGCUGGUCAACAUGUUAAGGCAGGUAUCACUGGGCUGGUGGAAAUGUCGUUUCCGGUAGAGACUCGUGUCCACCGUACUCGAUAAUCUUGGAGUUGUAAGAUUCGAUUGUCGCGUUCAUCUCGGCCGAACUUGACUCAUGUCAAGUGCAAGACAUCAAGGUUCGCACCUAGUGAUCGUGUAAUUUGACUCGUCAGAAGCCAACGAUUUUGAUAGAUUUUGUACUCGAUCGAUGGGCGAAGUUUUCACCCUCAAAAUCAGGGAUGUAUACUUUCUGGAGAUUGCACCGAAAACACACCCUCAUUCCCACUCGCUGGAUGCAAGUCGGGAGAUAGUUGUCAUGAUAGAAUUCAAUGUUGUCAUUCAAUGUAGAAAUUAUAUUUUGGAGUACCCGUGUUUGAGAAAUGAAGAGCAUUUUUCAAGAAUAUGGGAGCGAUCUACAGCACAGUUUGACAUGGUAGGUUACAGUAGCACCUAUGUCAGACAGCCACGGUCACCUGUGCCGAUUGAUUAUGAAAGGAGGAAAGCAGUUGUACUUGAAUCAGCUGAUUGGAC